AUGAGUUCCAUCGGGACGGGCUAUGAUCUGGCCGCAUCAACAUUUUCACCAGACGGGCGCAUCUUCCAAAUUGAGUAUGCUCAAAAGGCUGUUGACAACAGUGGCACGAUGAUUGCCCUUAGGGGGAAAAAUGGCGUUGUAACAGCUGUUGACAAAGUCAUCACAUCCAAAAUGUAUGAAGAGAACGCAAAUCCGCGCAUCUUCAACGCUAAUGAAAAAAUCGGGCUAGCCUUAGCUGGAGUGUAUCCUGACUGUCGUGCUCUGAAGGACUAUGCAUGUAGUGAGGCAGUGAAAUAUCUGAAGGAUUACCGCGAACCGAUGCCAAUUCAAAAGCUUGCUAACUCUUUAGCGGAAUAUAUCCAUAUCUUCACUUUGGGCAUCAGCCGGCCAUUUGGUGCCUCUGCAUUCUUCUCUUCAUGGGAUCCAAAGGAAGGUGGUAAGCUAUACUUGGUUGAACCGUCAGGGCUAUGUUACGAGUACAAAGCAUGGGCUGUAGGAAAGCAUCGACAAGCAGCUAAGGCUGAGAUCGAAAAACUUAAAUUGGAACAAUGUGACAUGAAGGAUUUGGUAAACGAAGCUGCGCGGAUCAUAAUGGCUAUCCGUGAUGAAAAUAAGGACAAAGAUGUUCAAAUUGAGUUGGGCUGGGUUGGAGAGCACACUGACGGGAAACAUGAAACUGUUCCGAUCCAAGUAGUAGCUGAAGCCGAAGAAUGGGCUCAUGCCAAAUUGGAUGAAGAUGAUAUGGAUGAGUAG